AGGUCCCGUUGCUAUGACUCCCGUAGCCCCGCCCCCCGCUGUCCCUAGCGCCGCUCCCGGGGCCCAAGCGGCCGCGGCUGCCUCCCGCCCGCGCCGCAUGGAGGAGCCCGCGCGGGAAAAAGUACAGGUGGAAGACAUACUUGAGAGGCUCAAGGAAGAAGGAAUCAACCCUUCAGCUUCUGCAGAUGAGCAACUUUGUUAUGUUUGGCAAUUAUUCCUGCGUAAUGAAGACAAGUUACGGUCUGCUAGUCAGGACUUAGAGAACCUCAGACAACAGCAAGCAGAAGAAAUGAGAGAGGUGGAGAAUUAUGUGGGCCAUGUCCGUAGCCUCACAGCAGAGCGAGACGCUUUCACCACUGAGUUUGAAAAAGAAAAUGAACAACUCAGAAUUGAGUUUACACAACUGCAACUCCAGCAGGAAGCCCAGCUGAAGGAGGUGGAGGAAAUGCUGGAACAGGAAGGCUUGUCUGAGAUAGCUCACAGCAGUCCCAGCGAACAAAUUGCUUAUUUACUGGUAGAAAGAACUACGCUGCUGGAGAAACUAGAGAUUGCAGAUCAAAAGCUGGAUUCGCAUAGCUACAUAGACGGACUGUGUGCAGCACAACUUCAGGAUAAAUUUGAUCAUAUCCACCAGACGUUAGAAGAUGAACUUCAGCAACAACGCGAAUCCAUGCAACAUACUAAAGAGACAAUGAAUAAGUCCCAUAAUGAAGAGCUGGAAAGAGAGAAAGUGUUACGAAAGCGGGUUGAGCGAGACCUGGAUGAGGCCGCACGGAGGCUGCAGAUGGCUCACGAAGAGAUCCGCAGGCUAACAGAUGAACUGGACAUGCAGAAAAAGGAGCAAAGCAAACUGGAUCCUGCUUUGCGGCUGGCCUCACAAACAUCUGAGAGCUGGAGAGAAGAGAUGAAUAAGCUGAAAGACAGUGAUAGGACUGAACUACAGAAGGCCAUGGAACACAACAACAGACUGGACAAGGAAAUUCUGGCAUUGCGCAGUCGGGUCCGAUCGCUUGACUCAGAAAGAAAAGUGUUCCUAGAACUAAUGCAGGAUAAAAAGGAUCCAGCAAGGUUUGAAGAAGACUGUGCUAUUGACAAAGCUGACUCAGGUCAGGAAAGAAGAGAUCAGAAUAACGAGACUGUUCAUAAAAGGUGCCGAAAGGUAAUAGAUGACAUCGAGGGCAGGAAUUUUCAGCUCCUGCACAAGCUACAGAAGCUGCAGCGGGAACACGAGGAUUUGGUUGAACGUAAUGAAGAGUUAGAAUCGAUUCUGGGAGAGACUCAGAACCAAACCAGAGAAGAGAGAGAACAUCUUGAGGGUGAGAUCGAAGGACUUCACAGGAAAAUCACAAGUUUAGAGACGGAGUUACUCAAAGCACAGAUGAAUAAAACUGAAGCCAGCAUGAAAGAUCAAGAAACAACUAAAAAAGUGCAAAAUUUCCAAGAGAUGCUGAAAAGCCACCAGGAGAAGGUUGAAGUACUUGAAAGUAAAUUAUCAGAGGAGAGAGAUUGGAGAAAGCAACUUGCAUCUGACCUUGAAAAGACACAGAAAGCUUUGAAGGCUGAAAAAAAGGAAUUAAAUAAUUCAAAAUCAGAGCUCGUGAGUCUUUAUAAUGAGCUCCAGAAUCUCCGAGGUGCGGCAGAAGAAAGAGAUUUCCUUAAUGUAACCCAUGAGAAAUUACAGCAAGAAAAUACUUUAUUGGAAACAAAGGUCUCGAAGCUCUCACAGGAAUGUGAACAGUUAAACCAGCUUGUAAUGAAACAGAAAAUAGAUGAAAACUUUACAAGUGAAACGACAUAUGAAGAGCUUAUGACUAAAGCAAGAAUAUUGGAAGAACAGAUCCAAAUCCUGGGAGGGGAGAGAGAGCAAUUAUGUACCAAGCUAUUAGAGAGCAACAAGAAAACCAAGGAGUUAGAAAAGGAGGUGAAGGGGAGCAAUGAAGAAAAACAACUGUUAUUGGAAGAAAAUGCCCAGCUAAGACAAGACAUACUGGCUACAAGGGAAGAAUUUCACAGCAAGAUAGAAGAGGCUGUAAGCAUUAAAUCUGAGACGCGCCAAGAGAACCAGCCUCUCAAACCCCAGAGCUCUGAAUGUAACACAGCAUUAAACAUGAGCAUUAAACAGUAUUUGUCUGGAGAGAGACUCCUGCAGCAGCAUCAGGAGGAAAUGCAACAAUUGCGACAGGAUUUCCACAGAGUUCAGAAUUUGUGCAGCUCAGCUGAGAAAGAGCUGAGAUAUGAAAGGGAGAAAAACUUGGACUUAAAGAAGCAUAAUAUCUUGCUCCAGCAAGAAAGCACCAAGGUCAAAGCUGAACUGAGACAAGUCCAGUUGAAGUUAACCGACUCAACCAAAAUGUGCUCCUCUCUCACAGUGCAAUGGGAGCACAGUCAGCAGAAGGUCAAAGAACUUGAACUAGAGCUGCUGAAGCACUCCCAGAGUAGUAAACUGCAGAGCAGUCUGCAGGAGAAACUUGCACUGGAGAAAUCUAGGGCUACUGAUGCAGAGAAAAAGGUUUUGGAGCUACAGCAAAAACUGAAGGAGUCCCAUCACCAGCUCCGCCUAACUGAGACCCACGUUUUGGGCAGGAAGCAAAUGGAGGAGGAGUUAAAGGAGGCCCAAGAAAGGGAAACUCAGCUGCGGCGGCAGCUCCAGGAAGAGCAGCGGAAAAGGAAGCUCCUGGAUCAGCAUGCAGAGGAGCUGCAGCAACAGCUCAGACACUCACAUGAGACUGAGACUUUGCUGGCCAAGACUCAGGCUGAGCUGCAGGUCAGGUUUCAGCAGCAGGAGGCACAACUGCAUAUAUUAGAGGAUGAAAAAAAAACAGCAUCAGAUGAGCAUCUCCAUUGUCAAAAAACCAAUCAGAACCUUUCAGAGCAGCUGUCGCUGUUGCAGCAGGAGAAGGAAAUCCUCCACGAGGAAUAUGAUCGUCUCCUGAAGCAGCUCGAUAUCUACGUCAGGAAACACAAUGAGCGGCAAGUCCGCCAUAAAGCCAAGCUCCGCAGAGCCAAGGAGACGUUUGUUCAUGAAGUGAAGCAAAGAGAUGUGAGGAUUAAACAGCUUGAAAGUGAAAUUGCGCUGUCCAGGAGCCAGGCGGGAAAGGAACAUGCAUUGAUCAGACAGAUCACCACGGAAAAUGAGAAUUUGCUCCAAGAGAAAAGAGAACUCUUACAGCAGCUUAAUGAACAGGAAGAAGUUGGACAGAACAACAAAUGGAUCAUUUCCACAAUCCAGAACAGAGUGCAGUUCCUGGAUGAAGAAAACAAGCGACUCCAGGAAAGCACCCUGCAGCUUUCCAGUCAGGUUGGCAUUCUAGAACGUACUCUAAGGAACAUCCAGACCCACAGCUUAGAGGACUUCGGGAGCAUUGGCUUCUCUGAAUGCCAGCUGCUAAGUAAGAUGUUGCCACGUCCAAACACAAGCUUCUCAGCGACAGGGCUGCCAAACUCCCUUGGCAUUCUGAGAGCCAUCCAAGAUGUCAAGCCUGAAGAAGGAACCAAGACCCCAAAGUCCCUGUUUUCCUUAUCACCUUCUCAGCCUUCUGAAAUUGGUUAUUUAAAUGUGGCUUCACCUGGAGACCGCACAAACUUCCCAAUGCAGCCCCAGAGUCCCAGCUUCAGCUGCAAUAGUGUCUAAGAGGGACUCCAAGGAGCUGCUCUCUGAUUGGACUGUGGCUGAGGGUUUCCUGCUGCAGUGGGCCACGCAUCCAGCCAGAUCAGUAUGUGUCCAGUAACUCGUUCAAUGAAUUUUGUGAUUUUUCUCAGCUAUUUGACAGCUGUUGUGUCAAUCACUUGCCCAGCUCUAGCAUCUCAUCCCAGAUCGCCCUGGAAUUUUUACAUUCACAGAUUUAAUUCAUUAAAAGGUUUUUUUAA